UCCUCCUCUCGCCCCGCGCGCGGACCCUUCGGAGGCCAAGAUGGGGCAGGAGCAGGAGCAGGAGCAGGAGCAGCGCCGCCGCCGCCGCCGCCCCAGAAGCCCGGCUCCCACCCCAGCCCGGCAGCGCCCGCCCACGCUCCCCUUCCUCCUCUUGCUCACCUGCCUUGGCACCGGGCGGGACGCCGCCUCAGGUUUUCCUCAACCUUUUGCUGGAUAUCUAAGUGAAUCAGACAUUCCUAAAAGUGAGAGACUGGCCCUGUGUUUCAGUCAGUGGAUAGAACUCUCUGACCAACCUCAGGUCUCCAGUUCUGUUAUGGAUCUUUGUAACUCCAUGUUCAAUGGUCUGCAGAUAGAUGAGGAAAAUAAUCAGGAGAUAUAUAAAAGGUUUUUAUUUCACUACUCCAGAGCGCAAGACCCAACCUAUCCACUUAAAGCUGGGGAAUCGCAGGUGGCUGCUGCAGAAUUCACAAAGAAGGUAGGAAAACACGGUCAUUGUGACUGA